GCUCAGUGCAACCUUGAACCGCGGCCAGUGAAUUUCUCCAAAAAAAAAAAACAAAAAAAAAAAAACGAACUGACAUUUCGAACACUAAAAGCGUUCGCGCCAUUUUCAAAAGUGAACUCUCUUGUCUUGUCAGUGACGUGACAUUCGGAAAUUUUGAAGUUUUGCGAUUUAAAACAUGAAGUUUAUAACUUUUUUCAUUUUGAUUUUCUGUUUGAACGAACGUGUCUCGAGCGCGGGUCUCGUGGAGAGGUCUUACGAGUAUAUGAUGAGCGUCGGGAAGAGCAUAGCGCCAAGUCUGAUGACCUUCAUGGAUUGCGUGGGGGAGGACGAAUUCUGGGGAUGCGCUAGGGAGCGACUCAACACACUCCUUGACGGGUGGAACGCGCAGGUCCAAGAGCAGAGAAGGAAAUGGAAAGAGGAAGCUGAUGCUGAAGUCAGGAGUUCGGGCCGCUCUCUACAGGAGAUGCCCUCACAAAUCGGCGAGGAAGUGGAAGAAUCCUUGAAUAGCCUGACUAAGUUCCUGCACGGAAGUAUGGCCAGAUCCCUGGAAGGGAAGAAACAUGAAAGUGGCGGGAUCGACAGCAUCACCAUCUCAACCGGGGGCGAAAAGAAGAAAAUGAAAAAGAAAAAGCCGAAACCGCCCAAGAUCCACCUCCUCCAUCCCAUAAUGAUGAAGAAACAAGAGAAAGGUCGCGAAGCUCGAGUCCAGAGCUGGGUGAUUGGGGAGAGGAAUCUUGACACGACCGACGACUUUGAUUUGACCCAAUCAGACCCGACAUCGCCCCAAACAGACCCAGUACAGUCCCACCCAAAUCUACCUCAAAUUGAGAACUUGACUGAAACGGACUCAUUUGAAAUGGCUGAUGGUAGCUUCAGGCAAGGCAGGGGGGUGAUAGCCGACAUAUGGUCCAUGGGAGCGGACGCUAUCGACUCUGUGGCUGAGCAUGCUAUCCAGGAUGAGGACUUAGAGAAUGGAGUCACUGAUAAGAGUUCGCCGCCAGAACAGAGAGGCAAGAAGAAGAAAAAGAAGAAAGCGAUCCUCAAACUACUGAUACUCGGCGCCGUCCUCAAGGCUAAGAUCGGUACUCUGCUGCAGAUCCUGUCCUUCAAGCUCCAGGUGAAAUUCUUCAUAAUCGCCCUGAUAGGUCUGGCCAUCAACCUAGCGAGACUCUGGAUCGAUAUUAAGAACAAACACAAUCAGCAGCCGCAAAAAGUGAUCUACUAUGAGCACGCUCAGCAUCAGCACCACUACGAGCACGAAGAUGAGCACGAGCACGGCUGGGGACCCUGGUCUAGGACUUACCCGGAGGAGUCCGACGUGGAAAUCGACGUGGACAACAACAACAGUCCGUACAGAGCACAGGAGAAGAGCGCAUUUAGUUCAUUAUUUCCGAAAUUGUAAUCUAGAUCUUAGUUAAAAAAAUAUAAGGAUAAAGUUUGCUUAGGUUAUCGUCCGAUAGAUGGCGGUGCACGGUACAAAGAAUACAAAAUCCAGACGAGAUUUGUUUGUAAAUUAAUCCAAUAGACCGCUAGAUGGCUCUGUAAUAAAAAUUAAAUUAAUUGCCUUUGACACUGACGUUUAGCCAGAAAAUUACGUUAUUCAAUAAUAAUAAAUUAUUAACCAGUUUUUUAAUAGGUAUUGAUUCGUGAAUAUUAACGUUUGGUGUUUCUUGCUCAAUCGAUUGUGUAAUUAUCUUUUAGUUAAUCGGUUCUUGAAAUGUUUUUGAGUAAAAAUUUCGAUAGUUGUUAUAGAUAGGUAUAAUUCGCGUGUUUUUUUUUUGUUGUUUUUUCAACAAGUUAUUCAUAAUAGGACGCGGUUUUUAUGUGAGCAUUGAUUUCCCGUGACAUUGAGCCGUGUGAGUUCGCUAGCUAACACGUAAAGUAAGGAAAUGUUCAAUAGUAGGUCCAAUCUUAUUUAUAAAUUUGACUAAGAACCAAAAAUAGAUUAUAAUACUCGUUGGGGAACGCUCGGUCAAUGGCGGCCAUAGUUUGUGUGUUAUUUAUUGUGUGACAGCGUAUUUGUUUGUUAACUUAUUUAUUCAAUAAAUUAUUUCGAUUAA